AUGUCCCCACGUAACCCAUCGGGCUGGCCAGAAUGGGAGGAGAAGAUCUGGUGCCCUGGCUGGAUGCUCAUCGAGCGCUGCCUGUGGAAAGCCCGCUCCGACACAUAUUAUGACCAAUAUUGGGUGGAUCGAAGCGUUGAAUCUUUACAAGGGAAAAAGUACCAUAUUCUGCGGAAGCAGAGGCGCACUGGCGCCAAAUCUUCCCAGAAUCCAGGCAAACCAAAGCGAGCAGGCGUCGUACGACGCUCCGUGGUCGAUAGCGCUUCACAGUCGAAUCUUUCAGCCAAGACCCCUGCCCAAAGGAACAUCGACAAAUGGUUUCAAACAAUUCUAGCGGCCGAUCCUAACCUGCCUGACGGCAGCAAAAACCCAACUCAAACGAACCCUAUUUCAGAGGAUGUCCCAAAGUCAAAGGACUCGAGCACGAUGGUGGUGCCCUUGGAACAGGCCCGCCUACACAUUUUCAUCCUUGUUAUGCAAAACCAGGAGGAUUUCAUUGGAGUGGUUAUGUGGCCC